CCGGAGGAUCAGGAGCAAGGACUUAAAGCAACUCACGGAAUUUCCGAAAACCUUUCCUCAUACUUCCCUGCGUAAAUUUAUCGUAAGUACCUACGUAAAACCCGUAAAACUUGCGAGUUCUGAUGACGUCACCACUGCCAUUCAUAAUGAGCUAAAUCGUCUAAAAAGACAAACCUGAAAAAUUCGACCAUAUUGUUUCGUGUUGUGUAUCCACGUCGGUGUAUUCGCAAUAAGCUAAUAAAGAAAAUAUGGGUGUAGAAGAGGAACCUAUGCAAGUUGAAGAUGCCGAAGAUCUUGAGGAAAGUGAUGAAGAGGAGGUGAAGACUGAAGAACCUCAGGUUUUCACGUUGAAAGUUCUUAAGGUCAUCAAGGAGGCCCAGGCCAAGCAUGGGCUACGCCAUGGUGACUACCAGCGCUACAGGAGCUACUGCAGCCGCCGGAUCCGCCGGCUGAGGAAGUACCUCCACUUUGUGCAGGGCAACAAGAAGAACUUCCGACGCAAGGAUGUCACCGAGGACGUGCUCAAGGACGAGAAGUACCUGUACAUUCCGCUGAUGACUGUGGAGCGCGCCUGGAGUUACGCCAUGCAGCUUAAACAGGAGGCCAACACGGAGCACCGCAAAAAGUACCACCUGGCCUCACGGCUGCGCAAGGCCGCGCAGCAGGUCGAGCUCUUCCAGAAACUCACCGACGAGUCGGCGCGCUGUGACGCCCGCACCAAGCUGGAGGUACAGGCGUACGCGGCAGACAUCCGCGGCACGCUGGCCUUCGAGCUGCGCCGCUGGAACGAGGCCAUCGAGCACUACACCCAGGCCAGGACCAUCUACGAGAAGCUGGCAUCGGCGCUGAACGAGGAGGAGGCAGCCGUCUACAAGACGCGAGCCGAGGAGCUGGUACCCUCACUCAGGUUCUGCGCCUACAGUGUCGGGGAUAAGGCCGCCGGAGAAGACAUCAUGAAGAUGCGACCCGGACACAACGACAUGCUCGAUACGCUGAUUGCGGAGACGCGAGCUCGUCAGGCGGAGGCCCUCAGCGAGGUCACCUGGAGAGGACGCACCGUCGGCGUACAACACGAAAAGGUCCGUUCGUUCCUGCUCAGCGUCCAGGAGUUCGAGUCGGCCGUCCAGCAGGCUGAGGACAAGCUGGACCUGUACGAGACGCAGCUCAUGGACUGCAAGGACGCCGUCAACGUGGUCAAGGAGGAGCUCAGGCAGGACCCGGCGUACAAGCAGUACCAGCCGGGCGGUGACGCGCCAGUCGGGCCCAUGCACUACCUGCUGACCUACCUGAGCUUCAUCCGGCUCAACACGACCGUGCAGCGAAACCUCAUCAUCAUCGAGAACACCGAGGCCAGGCGCAAGGAGAAGGCCAAGGGAGUGGACGGCCGUCGGGCGCGGAUCCAGGACGUGAUUCGCCUGUACGAGAUCAUACUGCAGAACCUGCAGGAAAUCCCCCAGCUGGCCGGACUCGAGGGAGACCUCGAGAUCCGCAGCUCCGUGCAGGCCCAGAUCAGCGCCUACAAGGGCUUCAGGUGUUUCUACGUGGCGGAGACGUACGCGGGCCACGAGAAGUGGCCGGAGGCGCUGGCGCUCUACUCGCGGGUGGAGAACUACUGCCAGAACUCGCUGCAGUCGGAACUGGAGCCUGACCUCAAGUCCCGUGUGGAGCGGCUGCUGACGGAGGUGGAGGGUCGGAAAUACGCCGUGCACGCGCGCAGCAUCCUGGCCACCGAGGACCUGGUGGAGAAGACCCAGCAGCUCAACGUCAGCGACCUCAAGGUGCGGAGGGCGGGAGCCGCGGGCGUUCUUGGUCCAGAGGUUAGGCCGGAUGGUCUCUCCGCGGGGAAAUGUGGAGAUGUUGGACGGGUCUUGUUUGAUGAAAUAUUCUUGUAUUUGACCCACAGCUUGAACCCAAUAUUCGUUCGGGUGUUGUGACGUUUUUAUGUCCAC